AUGAAGCAGGCGGUGACGGCGCAGUGGUUCACUGAAUACGAUCUGCAGAUCACUGAUAGGAACCAGGUUCUGCUGGUCAGUCAUGUUAGGAGGUUGGGUCCUGCAGGAGCUCCUCCACCAGGACCUGUCUUACUCAUCCCGGAGUUCUGCUACCUCACAGAUGCGCACGACUUUAACAUCAUGAAGGACCUUUCCACUCACACCAGACUGACCCCAGAACAGUGGGAGAACCGCCUCAACAGAUUCAUCAACAACAUGAGCAGGAAUGCCAGUGUUCAGACUACACUCAGCACAUGGGGUCUAAGCUUUGAGAACGAGCUGCUGAAUCUGACUGGAAGAGUUCUUCCUGCUGAGAGGAUCCUACAGGGAGCGAGAGCAUACGAGUACAACCCAUGUGACGCGGAUUGGUCUAAAGAGAUGCGAGGGCUUCCUUUGAUGACCAGCAUGCCUCUGGAGACCUGGCUGCUGUCCCAUACGCGCCGUAACGCUGACGUCGCUCACUCACUGCUGCAGACCCUCAACAAAGUGCCCGUGGGCAUCCACCUUCAGAGGCCGGGAAUGAUGGAGUACGAUGAUCGACAGGAGGCUCUGCUGAGAGCUCUGCAGCAGAGAGCGGUGCAACAGGUUCAGAUGGGGGUUGUGAUCAUGUCAGCCAACCAUAAGGAUAAAUACGAUUGCGUGAAGAAGUACCUGUGUGUGGACUGUCCCACUCCAAGCCAGUGUGUGGUGGCUCGCACCCUCAGCAGACCUCAGACCCUCAUGACCAUAGCCACAAAGAUCUCCUUGCAGAGGAACUGCAAAGUGACUUCUCCUGCUCUUUCAGUUGAAGCACCUGAUGAUGUUUGUAUCGACUGCUACCAUGACAGUGCCGCAGGAAAGAGAUCCAUCGGUGCACUGGUGGCCAGCCUCAACCCGGGCAUGUCCAGGUACUUAAAGCAUGACUUGAGAGAGAAAAAGUACAAUAUCGUUCUUUUAAUGAUUAAAAUGUUUAAUUCUGCGCUGAAGGCCUACUUCAUAUACAACGAAUGUUUGCCGUCACUCAUCGUGGUGUACCGAGACGGCGUGGGCGACGGCGUGCUGCUGAGCUUAGUCGACUAUGAAGUGCCUCAGGUCACGCAGUCCACCAAGGCCAUGGGUGAAGAUUACGCGCCCAAACUGACCGUGUUGGUGGUGAAGAAACGCAUCUCUUCCAGAUUCUUCGCUCUCCUGGACGCCAGACUGAGCAGCCCUCCUCCCGGAACAGUCAUCGACGCCGAAGUCACGUGACUCGAGUGGAGUCUUCAGGCACAGUACGACUUCAUCGUGAGUCACAAAGUGCGCUUCAGCAGUGUGGCCCCCACUCACUACAACAUGGUGUACGACAGCAGUGUCCUCAAACCAGAACACAUGCAGAGACUCACCUACAAACUCUGCCACAUGUAUUACAACUGGCAGAGAAUCCGCAUCGUGUGA